GUCGGGCGAAUCCAGAAACGCGACUAUCUCGUGCAAGAUGCCCGGAAUACGACCCGCGCGCGGCAUGCAUAGCCAUCAUCCACAACGAUCGGAUGGCUUGUGUUGGUUUAAUAUCUCCCGAUUCUAUCAACGCCUGGAGUCAGUGGAUGCAGCCUAUAGCUUGGUGUGUCUCACUUCAGAUGUCCCAGAUUGAAUACAUGCGACUUCCACCUCGCACCCAGGGUGUGUGGAACGUUGACCUCCACAGGAUAUGC